ACCAACAAAUGAAGUAAAAAUGUGGAAAUUAAUUAUGAAACAGAAUUAAACUGAAAAUUAAAGAAAAUAAUUUAAAAAGUAUUCAAGCAAAUAAUAUAGCAAUAAUGACGUCUAGUAAUUCUGGAGCGGUAUUUUUCUUGGGAUCCAGAGCGCAUUAUCAGGUCCUACAACAACCCGAAUCCCAGUCCUACGAUGCAGAGAACGGUAAUGCGUCCACGGAGACGAUAUACCGCAAUCCGUCCGCGCGUGAGUUGACCGACAACGCGGAGUAUGGCGAGAGGAACUGGAACUAUGAGCAUGAUACUAAUAUGACAGAAGACAAGGAGAAGCUAGAAAUUGGAAACGGAGUGAAAAGACGCACUAAACGUCGUCAGAGCGAGACGACACUUUGUGAGAAAGACAAUGACAUGAAGCCUGCAUUAUUGAAUAAUGUUGGAGAUAGCAGCACGCCAAAGGCCAAGGCCCGCCGAAGGCUGGGCAUCCCGCUAUUCCUGUUGUCGCUCGGCCGCCGCCGCCACGAGCCGGAGCGGGCGCAGUAUCUGCAGCAUAUAGAGAGCGCGCUUGCGUGCACCUACCGCGGGUCAUGCCGGUGCUUGGACUGCCAGUAUCUGAAGCACAUAGAGCGCGCGCUUGCGUGCACCUACCGCGGGUCCUGCCGGUGCUUGGACUGCCAGGUUCCCAAGCCUUGUAAAGGGCCGCCUUAA